AGCCGAAGCAAACCAAAUUCUUCGCCUGUGUGUGAGCUCUCGGGUUUUGCUUCCGUCGUCGUCUUCAGCAGACUCGUGCGGCGGCGGCGGCGGCGGCGUCGCCGGCUCGCCGCGGCGGUGAGGGGAAAGCGGCCGAGACGAAGAAGAGGGAUCGACCUCGAUGGGGAAGCAGAAGGGACGCGCUUCCAGCAGCGGCAUGGCUGCGUCGCUGGUGCCGCACGCCCAGGGCGCCGUCCCCACCGUCGGUUUCGGUGGCUACCACGGCGCCGUCCGAGUUGAGCCCGCUGCGCCCUCCGGCCCCGACGCCCCGAUCCGGCUCACCCCGGAUGUGGAUGGUGAAGUGCUUCAGAACCUAAAAAGGCUAGGAAGGAAGGAUGCAACAACAAAGCUCAAGGCCUUAUCUGCACUCUCUACACUCUUUGCACAAACACCUGGCGAGGAAGUGGUGCAGAUUGUUCCACAAUGGGCAUUCGAGUACAAGAGGCUUCUGCUUGACUAUAACAGAGAAGUUCGUCAUGCUACUCAUGAGGCCAUGUCUAGCCUUGUCACAGCAAUCAAGAAGGGUAUAGCUCCACAUCUGAAGUCCUUGAUGGGUCCUUGGUGGUUUUCUCAAUUUGACCCUGCUCCUGAGGUUGCACAGGCUGCUCGACGUUCAUUCGAGGCAGCAUUCCCACAGUCAGAGAGAAGAUUGGAUGCAUUAAUGUUAUGCGUGAAGGAAAUAUUUCUUUACUUAAGUGACAACUUGAAGCUAACAGCACAAGCUUUGUCUGACAAGGCUACACCAAUGGAUGAACUGGAAGAUAUGCACCAGAGGGUGAUAUCAUCAUCGCUGCUAGCUAUGGCAACUCUUGUAGACAUUUUACUAGGAGUGAAAUUGCAAAAUUGUGAUGUUGAUAGUACCAGUACAGAAAAAAGGAGUCUGUCAAAAGUUCGAUCUAAUACACUUUCUUCUGCUGAAGCUGCAUUUUGUAUGCAUAAAUGUUUCCUUGAUGUCCUCAAGUCAAAAAGUGCUGUUAUACGGUCAGCUACAUAUUCAUUGCUUACAAGUUAUAUCAAACAUGUCCCUCAUGUUUUUGAUGAAGAAACCAUGAAGAAACUUUCUCCUACUAUACUUGGUGCAUUCCAUGAAAAGGAUGCGUCAUGCCACUCUUCUAUGUGGGAUACAAUUCUUGUUUUCUCUAGAAAGUUUCCAGAGGGUUGGUCAUAUUGCAAUAUUCACAAAGUUGUCCUCAGUCGAUUUUGGAAUUUCCUACAAAAUGGAUGCUAUGGGUCCAAACAAAUCUCAUAUCCUCUUCUAGUUCAAUUUUUGGACUCUAUACCACCUAAAGCAGUUAUGGGACAGCAAUUUGUUUUUGAUUUUUUGCAUAAUCUCUGGGAUGGAAGGAACCAGAGGCAGUUAUCAGCUGCUGACAGUUUGGCUUUCUGUAUUGCCUUUAAACAUAUUUUUUUGUGGCUUCUAGAAAAUGUAUCAAGAUAUUCUGGAGAAGAUUCUUCUGAUGAUACCCCUAUCAAGCUUAUAACAGAUAUACUUGCCAAAAUAGUUUGGCGUGACUAUCUUUUAUUGUCCGGUGGCACAGCUGGUAGCGGUGCUCAGUUAUCUCAUAAAAAUUCAGGGUCAGUGGUGAACACCCAGUACCCAAUGCACUAUCUUCAAGAUUUGGAGAAAUGUAUUGUUGAAAUACUGGAUGUAGUUGCGGAUACUGAAAAUCAUUUACUCAAUAUUUCUUGUGAGUUGCUGGUGAGGGACUGUUUGGACAUAAUCCAACAAGGGGAGAAGCUUUCGAAGUUUCAGGACCAUGUAGAGCAACUUGUGUCUUUCUUCUUAUCUUUGCAUCAACUUGUUGUACACAAAGGUAAAACGUGGCCACUAGAAAGAUUAGCAAGACCGCUGGUUGAACAGUCUUUGCCAGCCAUCAUGUUCGUGGAUACUCCAAGCUUGGUUAAGCUUCUUUCAGUUUUGGUUGAAAUAUUUGGACCCAUUCCCCUAUUUUUAAUGAAUUAUCAUGGAAAGUCAUAUGUCAAAUCUUAUCUGGAGUUGUUCAAUUCUGAACUUCUCCCUUGGUGUUUUAAUGGAAAAUAUAGCACCUGUAACCCAAAGAUUGAUUUGUUGCUUUCGUUAUUUCAAGACGAGUGCUUCUUUGACCAAUGGUGUUCCAUCAUCAAAUAUACUAGAACUGAACAAAAGCACUCCAUUGAUGAUAAGACCUCGAAAAUGAAGAGCCGAUUAGAAUUGCUUACACUGUUGCUUCAGAAAGUCAGAGAAAGAAUUGCUGGGGGAAAGCUAAGAAACUUACAGAAAAAUGGUUAUCUUCCAGAACAUUGGCGGCAUGAUUUAUUAGAUUCUACUGCAACUUCUGUCCUCUGUGAUUUGACUGCUGCAGACCGUCAUGUUAGUUUUUUGUGUGCUGCACUUGGUGGCUCGGAUCAGGAGGAUCAGAUUUGUUUUCUUUCUGCUGAGACUGUUCAUAAAGUUCUAGGAUCCAUUGUCAAGGAUUUGGCAUCGGCACUCUUGGUAUCAACUUUUGAAUGGGCAAGGCUUGCAUAUUCUCUGUUGCUGCCUUCGGAACCCGAGCAUUUGAAGCUUCCAGAAGAAAAUUCCCUGCCAAUCAACUUUGAGAUGGCUCGAUUUGCUUUUAAAGUACUUCAGGGUAGCUUCUUUUCACUAGGGAGACUUGAGGAAAAUUCUGUAUUUCCUUCUAUUCUGGCAGCUCUGUUUGUUAUUGAAUGGGAAUGUAGCAUGUCUUUGGCAACUGAUGAUGAAAGUGAUUUGGAAGAUCUUAUAAAAGAUAUGGAUGUUGGUUCUUCUAUGGGCAGAAGCUCAAAAGAUUAUUUGGAUGAGAAAAUGCAUUUGAAGGCUAACCUUGCAGAAAGCAUACAUGCUUUUUGCCAAAGCUUAAGUCCAUCCUUUUGGAAUAACCUUCCUUCAUGCACAGUGAAUAGAUUGGCAAAUAUUCUAGCUCAAUCUGUCAGGUAUUCUGUAUUUCAGACAAGAGACUUGCAUGUGGAAAAGACAGCAGUCUUAUGUUCUGAGUGGGUGGUGGAAAUGUUGAAGCUCGUUUGUCUUGAUGACAUAAACUUGCAAAGCUUUUUUGAUCUUUUGCUAUCUGAGAGAGAAUAUUGGCCGCUCUGGUUGAAACCAUGUUUACAAAAUGGGCUUGCAUCUAUGAAGGUCCAGUUGGAGCCGGCUAUUACAGUUGACAUUGAACUGAAACACGAGCGGUUUGUUGCUUUCGUUGAUAGGCUUAUUCUCAAUCUUGGCUUUGGUGAAGUGAUUUUAGGUAUUCCAGGAAAUCUACGAUGUGCCACAUCACAAUCAAUUGAUAUUACCUCACCUAUGUCUUCCUUGUCUAGAGCAUGGGUGGCUGGUGAGAUCCUUUGCACUUGGACAUGGACAGGGGGAAGUGCACUGAAAACAUUCUUGCCUUCUCUGGUUCAGUACAUGGAAAAGGAAUCACAUCUUGAGGUUAACAUUGUGUCUUUGUUGCUUGACACACUGUUAGGGGGCACCCUUAUGCAUGAGAGUGAUCCAUGGGUACUGUUUAAUGCUUGGCAUCUUUCUGACAACGAGAUUGGGAAAAUUCAGGACCGUUUUCUCCGUGCUCUUGUGGCUUUGUUAUUUACCACCAACACCAAGAAUUGUCUUUGGAGAGAACCUGACGCAUUUGUAUUUUUUGAGCAACUGUUGAGCAAUCUUUUUAUGGGCUCAACAGUAAAUAGAAAAUGCCUGAAAGUUCUUCCCUUUGUUAUGAGUACCAUUAUAAAACCAUUGCCGCAGAAAUUGAAUGAAGAUUCUCCGUAUGGUGAUUUGGUUAGGAAAAGCAUAUUGAGUUGGCUUGAGGCAGCCAUCUCUUGCCUGUCAUCCAGCCCAAGGGAAGUACCAGUGCAAGAUAUUGAGGACUGGAUGCAAGUGGCGCUGUCUUGCUUCCCAUUGAGCAUAACUGGAGGAGCUCAGAGAUUGGUAGUUACGGUUGAGCGAGAAAUCAGCGAUGCAGAGAUAUCAUUAAUGCUUACUCUAUUUCAGAAAUACCAGUUUUUCUAUAAUGUUGCAGCUUCAUCAUUAUCCAAUAGUGAAACUGUGAUACCAAGGACAGUUGAGUUGUUGGGGGUGAAAUUGACGACUGUUAUGGUUGGGUAUUGCUGGACAAAACUUCAGGAAAAUGAUUGGCAUUUUGUGUUCCGCAUGGUAUCCAAGUGUAUUGAAUCAUCUGCUUUGCUUGUGGAAGAAAUGACAGAUGGCAUAAAUGAUGCCGUAAUAAACCAGGUAUCAAGGGAAGAUGCCUUGGAGAAGCUUAAGUUAAUGGUUAGCACUACAGAUAAGUUAACAUUAAGCCUUGCGGAAUCUUCUCUUGUUACAUUGUGUCACCUCAACCAUCUUGGUUAUCUCCAAGAAGUAGAAACUGCCAGGAGUUUGCAGCUUAUUAGAUCAAGGGACUAUGCUGAGAGUACUAACAAGAUGGUGGAGAGUAUCCUCCGUUUGUUCUUGGCUACUGGUGUUUCAGAGGCAAUUGCAAAAUCAUUUGGUGAAGAGGCUUCAUCCAUCAUAGGUUCCAGUCGCCAUGCUUAUUUGCAUUUUUGGGAACUUGUAGCAUCAUUCAUAAAGAAUGCUUCACCAGAGAUUAGAAGGUCUGCACUGGAGUCCAUGGACCUAUGGGGACUUACCAAGGGUUCAGUCAGUGGACUGUAUUCGAUUCUUUUCUCCUCACAACCAAUAUUUCACUUACAGUUUGCCGCUUUCUCUCUGCUUCUGUCUGAGCCCUUCUGUCAACUUUCAUUGCUUAAAGAUUGUUCUCUGGGAGAAAAUUACUCAUCUUCUCAGCGAUCAGACAUUAGCCAAAGCGCCGAGUUGAUGCCAGAUUCAGAGAAAAUUCCAUGUCUCAGAGAUGAACUCUCAGCCUUAGUUGAAUUCCCAACGUCUGAACUUCUGAAAACAGAUCUGACAGCACGAGACGGGGUUGAUGUCUUCAUUGCAUGGGCAUUAUUGUUGUCACACCUGCAAUCACUGCCGUCAUCUUCCAUUAUUAGGGAAAAUGUACUUCGAUAUAUACAAGAGAAGAUCAGUCCGUGCAUAUUGGAUUGCAUUUUCCAGCACAUCCCAGUAAAGAGUGCUGCUCCUAGUGGGAAGAAAAAGGAUGCUGAACUCUUGCCUGAAGCGGAGGCUGCUGCCAAAGCUUCUAAGGAUGCCAUAGUUACUUGUUCGUUGCUGCCAUACGUGGAAUCCCUUUCGCCAGUUGGGACUUUGCAAAUGGCUUCACUUGCAGGAUCAUUGUAUGGAAUGAUGAUUAGACUGCUACCCUCUUUUGUGCGCACAUGGUUUACUACUUUGAGGGACCGUUCAUUGUCAUACUCAAUUGAGUCGUUUACCAGACAAUGGUGCAGCCCUCCUCUUCUGCUAGAUGAAUUUUCUCAGGUUAAGGAUUCUGUGUAUGCUGACGAGAAUUUCUCAGUUAGCGUCAACCGAUCGGCUUACGAAAUCGUUGCUACAUACAAAAGGGAGGAGACAGGAAUUGAUCUUGUCAUACGCCUCCCCAACUGUUACCCCCUGCGCCAUGUCGAUGUUGAAUGUACCAGAAGUUUGGGUAUCAGUGAAGUCAAGUGCAGGAAAUGGUUGCUUUCCCUCACAUCAUUCGUCCGCAACGAGAACGGUGCUAUAGCAGAGGCGAUCCGCACGUGGAAGAGCAAUUUUGACAAGGAGUUUGAGGGCGUGGAGGAGUGCCCAAUCUGUUACAGCAUUCUCCACACGAGCAACCACAGCCUUCCGCGGCUGGCGUGCAAGACCUGCAAGCAUAAGUUCCACGGUGCCUGCCUCUACAAGUGGUUCUCGACGUCCAACAAAUCGACGUGCCCGCUGUGCCAGACUCCCUUCUAGGCAUGCAUGUUUGUUGGCACCGUUCGAUCGUUCCUGUAAAUGACGUGUGUCUCAGUGUAUGUGUAUGUAUUGUGUGCAGCGCCUUAAGCACAAGCAGGGUUUUUUUUUGCACCGUUAGCUCUAGGAAUCUCCAGUCCACAAGUCCCAUGAUAUAAUGCGCUCUCUCUUUGGAGUCUUAUUGGAGACGCGUACUUCGAUAUAGUAAUAGUAGUGUUGAUAGAGAGAAUUAAAUAUGUUUAUUAAUCUUUGAACCAGAGGUGGUUACCUCUUAUAUAGGCUGGGACGGAACGGAGUAAUUCCCAUCAGAUUAACUAACGUAUACAGCAAGCUCUCUCUGUUUUAUAA